AAGUGGCUCAUUUUAAGAAACAAAAUAAACAUUCAUUAGAACCGUUAACAAGUGUAUUGCAUGUUUAAUGAGCGCUACAAGGCAACUCAGUGUGCUUCCACGAAAAUAUAAUGAGCCAGGCACUCAAUGAAUCGUCUCAAAGUAUAGGCUCAGACGAACAAGAUGACACACGUGAAGAUGUCAGUGGCAGUGGAAGCGGCAGUGGAAGUGGCUCUUCCGGUUCCGACUCCGAUUCGGACAGUUCCUCAGGUAAUUCCAGCGAUGGACGCAGCUCUCCGCCAACGGUUGCCAAAACGGCGGUGGCUGGUUUUCCACCAACUGCAGCGGCCGCUCAAGCAGAUACCAAAACAAAUGGCUUUACGGAUGGGAAUGAAGAUGACAGCUCCAGUGCUGGGUCCAGCGCCAGUGAUUCCGACUCUGAGCCGGAGGCCGAGGGCGAGCCAGAUGGAACAAAUAACAAUAACACCAGCAGCAGCAAUAAAUUGCACACGAGUAGCAGUAGCAGUUCCUCGGCCACAACCUUGCCAAAGGCUAUCGAGGAGGAUGACGAUGACGAUGAUGAUGAGGAUGCUGAUGAUGAAGUGCAGCAGCCGACACAAUCGCAGGCCGCCAGCGAAGCCAGCGUCGAUGAAGAUGAUGCCAGUGACAGCUCCGCCAAUGCCUCGCCCACAUCCUCCAGCAGCAGUAGCAGUAGCGAGGAUGAGGAGGAUGAUUACAGACCUCAGCGAUCCACGCGGCAGCCGCGCAGAGGACCGCCACAAGCUGCAGACAAAUCGAAGCGACCACAGCCUGCCAAAAAGAAGAAAAAGCAAAAUUGGGACUCGGACGAGAGCGAUGAGAGCGACGACGCUGACAGCGAUGAGGUGCCGUUUGGAUCACAGAAGCGCAAGUGCAAUGCCCGCUCCGGCAGCAACAAACAGUCACAACAACAGCAGCAGCGACGCCGUGUGAAACCCUUCAGUUCCGAGGACAGCGAUGAUGAUGACGCAAGCAAACGCUGUGCAACUCGUCGCACCGCCGCUGCUGUCAGUUACAAAGAGACGUCUGAGAACGAAGCUACCGACUCAGAGGAUCUGCUAGAAUUUGAAUACGAUGAGAGUCAGGCGGCGGCGAAUGCGGCUGCUGCUGAGGAAGACGAGAAGUGCGAGACCAUUGAACGCAUACUUGCACAGCGUGUCGGCAAGAAGGGCUGCACCGGCAAUCAGACAACGAUUUAUGCCAUCGAGGAGAGUGGGUGCGAUCCGAAUGCCGGUUUCGAUGACGCCUCAGAUGAUGCGUCAGAGGUGCAAUUCCUGAUCAAAUGGAAGGGUUGGAGCUACAUACACAAUACCUGGGAGUCGGAGACGACGCUCCGAGACAUGAAGGCCAAGGGCAUGAAAAAGCUGGACAAUUUCAUUAAAAAGGAGCAGGAUACAGCGUGCUGGCGUCGCUAUGCCGGGCCCGAGGACAUUGAUUACUUUGAGUGCCAACUGGAGCUGCAGCAUGAUCUGCUCAAAUCAUACAACAAUGUGGAUAGGAUUAUUGCACGCGGCACCAAACCCGAUGACGGCAGCGAGGAGUUCUUCUGCAAAUGGCAAUCGUUGCCGUAUGCCGAGUCCACAUGGGAGGAUGCGGCACUUGUGCUGCGCAAAUGGCAGCGCUGCGUGGAGCAGUUUACCGAGCGAGAAAACUCCAAAUGGACACCAUCGCGUCACUGUCGUGUGAUCAAAUAUCGUCCUAAAUUUUCACGUAUCAAAUUACAGCCAGAAUUCCUGGCGGAGGGUCUCACGCUCCGAGACUAUCAAAUGGAUGGUCUCAACUGGCUGCUGCAUUCGUGGUGCAAGGAGAAUUCGGUCAUAUUGGCCGACGAAAUGGGUCUGGGCAAGACCAUUCAGACCAUAUGCUUUCUCUAUUCGCUAUUCAAGAUCCAUCACUUAUACGGUCCAUUUUUAUGCGUGGUGCCGCUCAGUACAAUGACCGCCUGGCAGCGUGAGUUUGAUUUGUGGGCGCCCGACAUGAAUGUGGUCACCUACCUGGGCGAUGUGAAGUCGCGUGAGCUCAUUCAUCAGUACGAGUGGCAGUUUGAGGGCUCGAAAAGACUGAAAUUCAAUUGUAUACUGACCACCUAUGAGAUUGUGCUGAAGGACAAGCAAUAUUUGGGCGCACUCCAGUGGGCGGCAUUGCUGGUGGAUGAGGCGCAUCGCCUGAAGAACGAUGACUCGCUGUUGUACAAGUCGCUCAAGGAGUUCGAGACAAAUCAUCGAUUGCUCAUUACGGGCACACCCCUGCAAAAUUCGCUCAAGGAGCUGUGGGCGCUGCUGCACUUCAUUAUGCCCGCCAAAUUCGAUACGUGGGAGAACUUUGAGCUGCAGCAUGGUAAUGCCGAGGAUAAGGGCUAUACGCGUCUCCAUCAACAGCUCGAGCCGUACAUACUGCGGCGUGUGAAGAAGGAUGUGGAGAAAUCGCUGCCCGCCAAGGUAGAGCAGAUACUUCGCGUGGAGAUGACAUCGCUGCAGAAGCAGUAUUACAAAUGGAUUCUGACCAAAAAUUUUGAUGCCUUACGCAAAGGCAAACGAGGUUCCACCUCCACCUUCCUUAACAUUGUCAUCGAGCUGAAAAAGUGCUGCAAUCAUGCAGCGCUCAUCCGACCCUCAGAGUUUGAGCUGUUCGGCCUGCAGCAGGACGAGGCGCUUCAGACGCUGCUCAAGGGCUCGGGCAAGCUGGUGCUCUUGGACAAGCUCCUGUGCAAGCUCAAGGAUACGGGCCAUCGUGUCCUCAUCUUUUCCCAGAUGGUUCGCAUGUUGGACGUGCUCGCUGAUUAUCUGCAGAAGAGGCACUUUUCGUUCCAGCGCCUGGAUGGCAGCAUAAAGGGUGAGAUGCGACGGCAGGCGCUCGAUCAUUUCAAUGCUGAGGGAAGUCAGGAUUUUUGCUUUCUGCUGUCAACACGGGCUGGGGGUCUGGGCAUUAAUUUGGCCACAGCCGAUACGGUCAUUAUAUUUGAUUCGGAUUGGAAUCCGCAGAAUGAUUUGCAGGCGCAGGCGCGUGCCCAUCGCAUUGGCCAAAAGAAUCAGGUGAACAUAUAUCGUCUGGUCACUGCACGCUCCGUCGAGGAGCAGAUUGUGGAACGGGCCAAGCAGAAAAUGGUGCUCGAUCAUUUGGUGAUACAACGCAUGGAUACCACGGGACGCACGGUGCUGGAUAAGAGCGGGAAUGGUCAUUCCUCCAAUUCGAAUCCCUUCAACAAAGACGACUUGUCGGCCAUACUCAAAUUUGGCGCCGAAGAGCUGUUCAAGGACGAGCAGGAGCACGAGGAGGAGCUCGUUUGCGAUAUCGAUGAAAUACUGCGACGCGCCGAGACCCGCAACGAAGAUCCCGAAAUGCCCGGCGAUGAUCUGCUUUCCGCGUUCAAGGUGGCCAGCAUUGCUGCAUUCCAGGAGGACGAGCCGAACGAAACGGCGGGUAAGGAUCAGCAGGCAGCCGAUGAGGAGGAUGACAGCAAGGAUUGGGACGACAUUAUACCCGAGGGCUUCCGCAAGGUCAUCGAGGAUGAGGAGCGUGCCAAGGAAAUGGAAGAUUUGUACCUGCCGCCGCGUCGCAAAACCGCCACCGCCAAUAAAAACGAUGCCGGCAAACGGGGCACAGCCAAAAGUGGUGCACGCUCCAAGCAGCAGGGUGACGACUCAGCCGAUUCGGAUUAUGAGCUGGGCUCCGAUGCCAGCGGCGGCGGCGGCGACGAGGGUAGGCAGCGCAAACGUGGCCGUCCCGCAAUGAAAGAGAAAAUCAAUGGAUUUACCGAUGCCGAGCUACGUCGCUUUAUACGCAGCUAUAAGAAGUUUCCGGCUCCGCUGCUGCGACUGGAGGCGAUUGCAUGCGAUGCGGAGCUGCAGGAGAAACCGCUGGCCGAAUUGAAGCGCAUUGGCGAAAUGCUGCAUGAUCGUUGCGUGCAGUUCCUAGACGAGCACAAGGAGGAAGAGAUCAAGACUGUCAAGGACGAGGAGCAGCAGUCGGGCAACAACAACAACAAACAACGACGCACACGCGCCACAUACUCGGUGAAGCUGGGCGGCGUGUCGUUCAAUGCGAAAACGCUGCUCGCCUGCGAGGAGGAGCUGCAGCCGCUCAAUGAGCUCCUGCCGAGCGCGGCGCACGAGCGACAGCAGUGGACGUUCAAUAUUAAGACGCGUUCGGCCAACUUCGAUGUGGAGUGGGGCGCCGAUGAGGAUACCCACUUGCUGCGUGGCAUUUAUCAAUACGGCAUUGGCUCCUGGGAGCAAAUGAAGCUCGAUCCGACCCUUAAGCUCAGCGAAAAGAUACUGCUCAACGAUACGCGGAAGCCACAGGCGAAGCACUUGCAGUCCCGAGCCGAGUACCUGCUCAAGAUCAUCAAGAAGAAUGUGGAACUAACGAAAGGCGAGAAGCGACGUCAGCGACGACCGCGAAAGCUGAAAACCAAUCUCAACUCGAGCACAACAGCUGUCAGCACGCCGGAGAGUAAAGAGGCUGCUACCGAGCAGGAGGGCAGCACCUCGCUGCCGGGCGACAACAUAGCCAGGCAGGCGGCAGAUGGCAGCAGCAUUGUUGCCUCUCCCAUAGCGACAUCUGCGGCCGUGGAGCAUGCUAGCACACAACAGAAAAAGAAGAAAUCCAAGGGGCGCAGCAAGAAAACAAGCGCAUCAGACAACAAUGGCAACAAGCCCAUGCAUUUUACGGCAAACAACGAGCCCAGAGCCCUGGAAGUGCUGGGCGAUCUGGAUCCCAGCAUAUUCAAUGAAUGCAAGGAGAAGAUGCGACCGGUGAAGAAAGCGCUGAAGGCACUCGAUCAGCCCGAUAUCAGUUUGUCCGAUCAGGAUCAAUUGCAGCAUACACGGGAUUGUCUGUUCCAGAUCGGGCGACAGAUUGAUGUGUGUCUGCAGCCAUAUGGGGAGACCGAGAAGAAGGAGUGGCGCAGCAAUCUGUGGUACUUUGUGUCCAAAUUUACGGAACUGGAUGCUAAGCGACUGUUCAAGAUCUAUAAGAAUGCGCUCAAACAGCAGACGCAAGCGGACACUCCGAAGGAUUCGGCAACCUCCGAUGGCGGCAAAUCGAAGCGAGCACGUACCGAAAAUGGAGCUACCGUUGACAAAGAGAAGGAGCGCGACAAGAGUGGUAAAAAGAAGAAAAAGGACAAGGAUAAGGAGCGGCAGGGACGCUAUUCCUCCGGUGCUCCUGCCGAGGAAAAGUCAGCUCGACGCUUUGCCAGCGAUUCGCCGAUCAAAAGAAAACGCGAUGAAGACGAUGCGGAAGGUGGCAGCAUGGGCGGCAUGCCCAUGAGCAGUGCUGGUAUCAGCGACAACCUCAAGUCAAUGUCGUUCAAGCGCCUCAACAUGGAUGCGGCGACGGCCUCCUCACGCCAUGGCAGCCAUGACAAGAAGCAUCACAGAGGCGAUGAUUACUAUGCCAGCGGCGGAGGCGGGGGUGCAUCCAGCGGCUACGAGGGCAGCAGCUCACGUCGCUCGGGUCUUAACUCGCCAUCAACUAUUGGCAGCAGUCGGCGCUUCGAGCCGCCUCCCGUGGGCUUCAGCUACCCGGCAGAGAUGGACCGCUGGCGUGAUCGGUACAACUUUGAUUACAAGCGCGAACGAUAUGAUCCGGUGGUUUAUCAGCGCAGCGGAGGAGGUGGUGGUGCUGCCGGCGGUGGUUAUCACCGGGAUCAUCGCGAGCGUGAUCGCGAACGGCGACCAGGCGAGCGCAGAUACUCCGUCCUGCCGUCGCACGCCGCCUACUCGAGCCAUUACCUGCCGCCCAAUUACUAUGUGCCGAAUGGCAUUGCCGGAUUGCCGCCACCGCCGCCAGGCUAUCGAAAUGAACCACGCGGCUAUCCGGUCAAGCCGCGCGACUAUCCCGCUGACUACAGACGCAGCGAAUACGAGCGACGCACUCAGACGUGAGAGGACUGAGGAGUAAGCGUCAUCAGCAGCAAUUGUAAAUACAUUAGAUUAGGUUCGUUUUAAGCUUGGCUGUGGUGUCUGUGUCGAACGCAGCUAAUUGAUUAGUCUUUGUCAUAACGAUCUUGACACAACACACGCAAAUCAACACAGACACACACACUACACACACACACACAAAUACAGAAGCAGAAGCACUUAUGGAUAUAUAAAUGAUAUACAUUAGUUACCAUUAAUAGGUAAACAUUUGUACAAGUAAUAUAAAGCAGCUACUUAUAAAAUCUACUAUAUAUAAGGGAAAAAAUGAACCGCACAUUGUAUAAAUGGCGGUAAUUCAGGCAAAUUCACGUAAAUAAGCUAAAAAUUACAAUUUACCUUGUAUAAAGCAAAAGUAUAGGCUUUAAGUUUUGUUCAUUAAGCCUCUUUUUAUACUGUACAGUUAAUUUCGUGCAUACGCCUAUUUAACAAGUCUUUUGAAAGCUUUUAAAAUAUAAAACAAUUCUCACUAUAUUUAUAAAUACAACAAUGAAUAAAGCAAUUAUGUUAAUUAUCAAAACGUAAUAAUUAAAGCAAAGUGCAAGAAUUCGUUUCUAUGUCUGUGCAUCUGCACUUUUAUAUACCAUAUAUAGAGAUACCGCCGGAGAAGACGUGUAUGUAAUGUAGUUAACUUUAAACUAUAUAAUACUAGGUAUAUAACGUAUAUUGUAGUGUCUGAAGUAUAUAAAUAUGUAAAUUAUUAAAUUAUAAAACAUAUUG